ACUGUCGCUGGAAAAGGACACUCAAUGAUCGUACCACAUCUGGAGUCAUUUCUUUCGAGACUUAACACAAGACAACUAUCACGAAAACCAUGUCGUCGAGCUCGGCACUCCGAACCCUCUCUCACCAGGGGCAACAAUCAGAUCUCAUCGAACUUGAAAAUACCUGUAUCGGCAGAGCCUCCCAAAUAAUCCACCGGGACCUUGUAUCCACACCCGGGUGCAUUUCCGCCGCUUCCACUGCACCGACAACCCAUUUUACCUCCCCAAUCGCUUCUCCCCUUCAUAUUCUCGGCCCGGUCAAUCCGGCACCGUUCAGGCCUCCCUCAGUCAACCUUGAAGCCCAAUUCCAAGCAAGUUGCGCGCAAGUUAUCCAGAGCAUCCGACGACAACUGGCAGCCGAAGAAUGCCUGCGUCGAGCGGUCGCUGACAUACUGGAGAUUUCGGCAGCUAUGAUCGAAGCUGAUCAGGAAAGAAUCGACUACAUUCACAGGCACAUAACAGGGCUGAAGCAAGACAUACAACAAUGGGAGCGAGCGGGGAUUUAUAUUGAUGGAGGGGAGCAUGGGGAUAACUGGGAAAUUCAAUACUAUCUUGACCAGCUACCCCACCUAGAGGAGAGGCUGGCACUCAAUCGGCAGCGUCUAGAUGACUACAUCGCUCGGAUGGCGCAAGUGAGGGAUGACACUGAGCAACUUCGGCAGAAACUUCGGCAGGAACUUCGAGAUUUCCAGGGGGAAGCGGCAGACGAGGAGGAAGCUCAUGAAGCAGUGGUUCUUGACGAGCAGUUUUAAGACGUUCCGGUUACCUGUACCGACAUAGAGGAUCAGGUCGAAGAGGUUUCGGCCGCAGAGGUGGCAUUGAACAGCCCGGAAUGUCAAACCACCACAAUGGGGAGCAGCGAACAUCUCGUAACAAACUCGUCGGAGGCAGCUCUACCCAUCGUCGAAAUCCAGCACCUUCUCAUCUCUCCCACAACAAUAGCCUCCAUCGUCAACCAACCCACCCAGGUACAGCC